AUGUCCAUCAGCUACCCUGACUGCCGGAGACGUUGUCAGCUCACGUCCAUCAGCUACCCUGACAGGCGGAGACGUUGUCAGCUCACGUCCAUCAGCUACCCUGACUGCCGGAGACGUUGUCAGGAGAUGUCCAUCAGCUACCCUGACUGCCGGAGACGUUGUCAGGAGAUGUCCAUCAGCUACCCUGACAGGCGGAGACGUUGUCAGCUCACGUCCAUCAGCUACCCUGACUGCCGGAGACGUUGUCAGGAGAUGUCCAUCAGCUACCCUGACAGGCGGAGACGUUGUCAGCUCACGUCCAUCAGCUACCCUGACUGCCGGAGACGUUGUCAGGAGAUGUCCAUCAGCUACCCUGACAGGCGGAGACGUUGUCAGCUCACGUCCAUCAGCUACCCUGACUGCCGGAGACGUUGUCAGGAGAUGUCCAUCAGCUACCCUGACAGGCGGAGACGUUGUCAGCUCAUGUCCAUCAGCUACCCUGACUGCCGGAGACGUUGUCAGGAGAUGUCCAUCAGCUACCCUGACAGGCGGAGACGUUGUCAGCUCACGUCCAUCAGCUACCCUGACUGCCGGAGACGUUGGCAGCUCACGUCCAUCAGCUACCCUGACUGCCGGAGACGUUGUCAGGAGAUGUCCAUCAGCUACCCUGACUGCCGGAGACGUUGUCAGGAGAUGUCCAUCAGCUACCCUGACUGCCGGAGACGUUGUCAGGAGAUGUCCAUCAGCUACCCUGACAGGCGGAGACGUUGA